GAAAUACUAGAGGUGAAGGGAGAAGAUCGAUGAAAUUUUAUAGAGUCGAGUAAUUUGUUCCAUUAUAUUAAUCAAGGCUUCAUCCCACCACACCGUGAGCCCAUCUUGCUGAGUGCCAACAUCUUAAGGCAGAAGAAAGGAAAGCCUUUUUUUCGCUUAUUUCUGGUCGGAGCAUUGGAAAUCAUUUGCAACAAAGCUCAUACAGUGAUGAUGGGUAAGAAAGGUAAAGGUAAAGUUCAUUUAAUUGCUCACUUUAUUAUCUCCACUGGGUAAAGAAGGUAUUGUUCUCAAAUAAAGGGAGGGACACUCUAAAAGCAAAAGAAAAAGGUAUGCAUCCUUCUCAUUUGUUUUCUUUCAUACUAAGAAAAUUAGGUGCUAAAUACUUAGAGAAGCUUACCAUUAACUAAGAGGACACUCAAAAAGCAAAAGAAAAAUUCUCCAAACCCUAUCAGAUUCAUAUUGUUGUCAUUUGCUUUCUUUCAAACUAAGAAAACUGAAUGUUAAAUACUAACGAUAGAACCUUGCCAUCACCAUAUUUUUUGUCUGCUAAGAUUGAACUACCAUGGUAACUCAGAAACGAAAGGUGAGAUUCAAUGUCGGAGGCAAGAUAUUCGAAACAACGGCGACAACCCUUUCGAAUGCCAGUGAAAAUUCGUUAUUAAAAGCUAUGUUGGAUGGUGCCUGGACAGCACAAUAUGAGGAAUUUGGAGAACAUUUCAUUGAUAGAGACCCUGCUUGCUUCCAAGUCCUUCUUCAUCUUCUUCGAACUGGUGAGCUUCUUGUUCCUCCAACCAUUCCUGACACGUUUCUCUUUAGAGAAGCUCAUUACUAUGGACUUCUAGACCGGGUUCGCUCUGCCAGAAGCAUCAAGUUAGACGGUGAAAAUCUCAAACUUGCAUCCUCCAUAACUGGUCGAACUUUGUUGCAAGAUCAUUCAUUAAUUAGAGCAAGUGCCAAUGGUAGUUGCUCAAUUGCCAAUGGCAGAGUUUUCCAUGUCUACGAUUGGAUGCUCCAAGAACUCUCAAUUGCAAAUCUGGAUUAUAUGAAGAUUGUGGACAUGGAGUGGUAUGAUUCAACAAGCAUCUUAAUCAGUGGUCGGAAGCACUCAAACCCAAACACUGGUGGUGAUGGUGGCGGUCGAAUUGGUCUCUUCAAUCCACAAACUGCUAAACUUCAACAUAAAUUUAAGCUCACUCAAACUUCAUCUUCUUCUUAUAGAUCUCAUGAAGGUGACAAUCAAUUUUCAAGAACAACACCCGGAAAUCUAGCAAUCAACAACUCAAACGAUACAAUAUUUUGUUGCUGUAAACAUGACUUAUUCACAAAGGUGGAUGGCAUCGGAGUUUGGGACACAAUAACAGGGCAGCAGAUUGAUUUCUUAGAAGGUGGAUAUAAUAGUGAGCUUAACAACACCUUCAAGCUUCAAUGGCUGCCAAGUAACAAGUGUUUAAUAGCAGCAAUACGUAGCCCACAAAGCAAUAGAAUAAGCAUAUUUGAUCCAAGAAUGAAAGAAAUGCAUUCAGGUCAUUGGGAGCACAAUCCAUACAAACUGAAACAUCAAGGAGCAAUAGUAGAUGCAAUGGGGAUUGAGGAAAUGAACUGUGUCUGUGUAAUAGACGAGAACGGUUUUUUCGGUUUUGUCGACUUGAGAAGGCUCGGAGGUGAGUCCCAAAUGAACAGAGCUUGGUGGAGCUCUGAAGAAGAAGAGAAAAAGGAACGGUUCCCUUUGCCAGGGGAGAUGGUGCACAUUGGACCUGGUGGAAAGCCGAAGCUGGGAUGGCAUGGAGGGAAGCUGUUUUGCUCUACAAAUAGUGCCAUUUCAGUGUAUUGUGGGUCUGGAUUUGAAUGGGAAUUGGCUUCUCAAGUUGAGCCCAAAUAUGGAGGAUUCAUUCAGGACUUCUCCAUUGGAGGGGACAGGUUAUUUUCACUUCAUGCUUUGCAAUUUAAUCUCUAUAAUAUCAAUGUAUGGGAGACACCACCGUCUCCCUUGCCGCCGCUAUUUAUAUAGCCAAUAACUGAUUGAACUGAUUGUUGUUUUGAGAAACUUUUUAAGCAUAUUAUAUUUUAUUAUUUAGUCC